CGUCACACCGCGACGCGCGGCUCGGGCCGGUCCCGCCCCGCCAUGGCCGGAGCUGCAGGUCCUCGUCCGUCCGGCGGCGCGGGAGCCGCCCGCUGUCCGCUGCGCUGCCGCGCCUUCACCGAGGCCUUCCCGCGGGGCGAGGGAUCCGCACCGGCCGCCGCAUGACGGGACAUGCGUGGAGGAGCGACUGAGACCAGUGUACCUGCAGGUGUGGCUGCUUCGGUGCAUGCAGAUAGAGCUGCUGUCAUCCACAAGGUGCUGUGAGCUGGCUGAGAGCAGACCGUGUGCUAUCUCAAUUCCCUGGCGUGCCGUGUGGGAGGUCGAAUGGGAAAAGAGGACUGAGGUACACAGCAGUAAGAAAGACAGUAUGAUGGGUUCAGAAGGCUUUUCCCCAGGAAGUUCAGAGGAAGAUCCAAGCAGUGACGUUACGGCUACCUCUAGCAAACAUUACCUGUGUGGUUACUGUGCGGCCUUCACCAACAUAGCAGUUACUUUUCCCAUCCAGAAGGUCCUCUUUCGACAGCAGCUGUAUGGUCUGAAAACAAAGGAUGCGAUACAUCAGCUGCAGAAGGAUGGAAUUCGAAAUCUCUACCGUGGCAUCCUCCCUCCCUUAAUGCAGAAGACGACCACGCUGGCUCUCAUGUUCGGCCUGUAUGAGGAUUUCUCCUCCUUGCUCCACAGCCACACGACUGCUCCCGAGCUCCUGACACGCAGCAUGGCAGCAGUGCUUGCAGGGACCACAGAAGCUGUUCUUACUCCUUUUGAGCGAGUGCAGACUUUGCUUCAGGACUACAAACACCACGAUAAGUUCACAAACACGUACCAGGCUUUCAAGGUACUGAAAGUCUAUGGGAUGAGAGAGUACUACCGGGGAUUGGUGCCUAUUCUGCUCCGCAAUGGGCCCAGUAAUGUACUCUUCUUUGGCCUCAGAGGACCUAUUAAACAGUGUCUGCCUGAAGCAACUUCUUACAGCACUCAUUUGGUCAAUGACUUCAUUUGUGGCGGGCUGUUGGGUGCCAUGCUGGGAUUCUUGUUCUUCCCAAUGAAUGUUGUAAAAGCUCGCAUGCAAGCUCAGAUCGGGGGUGAAUUUCAGUCCUUCUCAACAGUUUUUGUGAAGAUCUGGCUGGAGCGUGACAGGAAAUUGAUCAAUCUUUUCAGGGGAGCCCAUCUGAAUUACCAUCGUUCGGUCCUAUCCUGGGGCAUAAUCAAUGCAACUUAUGAGUUCUUGCUAAAGCUGUUAUGAGAACACUUAUUUUCUUCGUCCCUUCAAUUCAUUUGGUUUUUGCCAUAUUUGAUGACGCUUGAUCCCUGGGAGCAGUGCCUGCAUAAUGUGAAGGGCAUUCAGUCUUGGCCUUCACUGCAUAUGGGGUGAAAGGUGGUACAUCCCAACCUUGGUGCAAUUACGAGUAGCUUCUUAAAUUAUUUAUUUGCUGGCAGGUGGAUUUACCCAUAAUGAAACUACGAGUCGAACAGAUAAAACCAAAACCAAAAAACCCACGAACUCAUCACUCAGUAUCACUCCCAGAAGUUCCUAACACUCCAUGACCGAGCGCGCUCCACUGUGUGCCCUGUAGAACACGGAAGUCAGGGGGAGGCUGAUGGAAAUUCAUUCCCUUAUGUGAUGAACUUCAGAAUGCUGACGUGCGUUUACGUGCUCAGACAGAUGUAGGCUCCUCAGUGCUCACCGUUGCUCGUGGCCAAAUGGACACCAACCCCAGAGGAGGAUGACUGAGUUCCUGAGUGCUGUGCUUAAACAAAGCCUGUGCCAAGGCUCCUGCUGGCCGCUUGGGUGCUCGGCUUCAUGCAGAACGUUUUGUUUGGCAGCAUAAAAGCAGGUACUGAAUGUUGCCUUCGGUGUGCUGUGACUCGCAUUCGUGUGCACGUAUGUACGCACAUGGUUUAACGUGAAAAGGGAAAAGUGGAAGGAGAGAAACAGCAGAGAUGAGAAAGCUUUAAAGUGUCCUUCCUUGUUACAAUCCUUCUACUUGUAAAAUGCGGAGCUUGUUCUGCUUUUUUUUUUUUUUUUUUUUACUACUUCUUUUUCUAUUCUACAGCUGUGAGGCCAGAAAGAAGACGUCUCUUUUUGUAGUGCUUAUUAUAAGAGUUCAUUUUCCUGUAUUUUCCUGUUGUGAAAGUAGUUCUCGGGCAGCUCUUUUCUACAGAGGCAUCUCGUCUUUCGCAGAUGGCUGCGUUUCACCAGAGCUGUGCCAUAACUGAUCACAACGAGACUUCUUACAGGAAAGCUGGAGCUCUGCCUCCUUGACGUGUGCGUUUAACAGUUCUGUAAGACAGGGCUGCACUGUGGCGCCAUCAGGAUUAAGUUCCUGGUAAUACCCACUGGGGGAAGUCUGUGAUUGUAGUACCAGGAGGCAGACGGAGAUGACCUUUGCAAUGAUGCAGCACUUGGGGAAGCACUGAUGGACUUCUGUGGGCAAGUGCAGAUAAAGGUGUACAGAAAUGUGUGUUCUGCGUCCUACAGAUGUGAGCGGGGGGAGAUGUGAGGCUGUAGGCCUUGGAGAAAGGAGCGGGAGGGGGAUAGGCAUAGCCAGACCAGGAGAGGGGUCUUAAUGAAGAACUUGGUUGUCCUGGGAACUUUAUGUCAUUAUGUUGUAUUUAAAAACAGACAAAAAAAAAAUUAAAACAAAACAACCUCACCACCUGUUCUGAAAGAUGGGGAUAAACUUUUACCAAGUUACUCUUUUCGUAAGCUUUGUAGUGAUGGUUAUUUUUUGUUUGCUAAACUGUCACAAAAUACUUGCUCUAAUCAGUGUGUCAUGAUUAUGGUCCUAAUGAGGUCCCUCGCUUCACAGCCCAAAAGGGCCCAGCACAAAUGAGCAUUGCUGUAUCUGAAUGUUGUGGUUAUUUGCGUUGAAAUAAAACGUUUAUUGGAUGUUUGUUACUGUCAGAAUCUGAUUUUUACCAGUGUUACGGUUGCGACUUUAUUUAGUCUCUUCUUGAUGGAAUAAAGGAAGUGGAUUUUUUUCCCCAUGGAAGACGUAAUUUGAAGAGCUUACAGUUUGAAAUAAGCUGUCUCUAAUGGAUGGUGUUAAUUACAGUUGGGAAAAUCUCAGUCGCAAUUCUUAUCUGUUGCUGUCUGGCUGUGCAGCGUUGUUCCAGCACAGUCUCUGUUUUGCUUUGUAACUACAGUUGGUUUUGCAGCACGGUGACAGUGAUUGUCUGUGUAACAAAUCACAGAUCUUCUACUUGUUGAAGAACAGACUCGUAUGGAGUAAAGACGGAGAGCUUUGUCACAGCAAAGGCUACACACACAAGGCGAUGUGGGAAACUGCACUGAGCAGGCUGCGUUGCCAUCCUGGCAGACAGCUCAGAGCCAGCUGUGCUGCUACAGCUACAUGAGGCUGGGUUCAAGGCUGUUUUCCAGUAUUAUCAAACUGAUCACAACCAGGAGUAACCACACCAUGCUGAGAUUCCAGAGUGGAAAUGGUCUGUGACUUAAAGGCUGCUGUCUGGAGGCCAGGAGAGCUCAUCUCCAAACAGCACCAGCUGUCAGCGCUUCCACGUGCAGCUCGUUAGGGCAGCUGGAACCAGGUGGUCUCUUAAGGUCCUUUCCAACCCAGACUGCUCCAAAUCUAAACUGCUUGGGCUGCGAGGUCCCAUCCAACUCAAGCCAUUCUGUGUAAUUACCAUCUGCAAUUGCUGCAGCUGCCCCUAGGCCUGGCUUUGUAGGCCCUUGGAAGGACACCAUGCUACACCUGUGCUCAAGCUCGGCCAACACCAGAGGGAAACA